CGCAAGUGAAACAAUGAUCGAGAAAAUCACCAUCACAAUGCUGCUAGCGUUACUGCUCAGCCAGGCCACUUCCACUGAGCAUUAUCGCUAUGGAGAUUCUCGGGAUUGGUACUUGGAUCACAUCUACCUCCCGAAUAGAAAUCCAGUCCUUCCGCCUAACACGGACUCCUUUCCAGGGAUGGAUGCUCCAAUGUACAAUUACGAUUGUGAUGCCUACUUUAAUCUGAUCAAGGAUGAGCUGACCUUACUUCGUAACCUAGUUGACAAGUGUACUGAUUGUGGACGUGAUCAUACCUUCCCCAUUAAAGGGAGUGAAUUCUGUUCGGCAGAUCUUUGCUUCAAAGGGGUCGCAUGUAUUGGAUCACCGAACGGAAGCGAGCCACUUUGUGGACUUUGUCCCAUCGGGUAUGAUGGUGAUGGACGGAACUGUUCCAAACGGAAUGAAUGUCUAAAGAAUCCGUGCUUUGCUGGAGUAGACUGCGAUAUGACAGACGAAUAUCCAUACUUUCGCUGCGGGAAAUGUCCUCCCGGAUACGAAGGUAAUGGCAUCAACUGCAGCCAAGCAGACACAUGUGCAGUAAAGCCGUGUUUCGAGGGCGUCAGCUGUCGAUGGAUAUCCGCUGCUCCCCAUUACGAGUGCGGCCAAUGUCCGUCUGGUUUCGAAGGACAUGGAAGGUUCUGCAGUAGAAACGCUUGCAUGCAAAAGCCCUGUUAUCCCGGGGUGUCCUGUUUCCGAAAGAAUAUCGAUCCAUUUUUCACCUGUGGAGAGUGUCCGGUGGGUAAAGCCGGUAACGGAGUUCUGUGUGGUGUGGAUAGUGAUUUGGAUGGUUAUCCCGAUGAGAAGUUGAAUUGCCCGGAUGCGACUUGUGCGAAAGAUAACUGUGUCACAGUGCCGAACUCAGGGCAGGAGGACAGUGACGCUAACGGAAUCGGCGAUCUAUGCCAGAAAGAUAUCGAUUCGGAUGAUGUUAAUAAUGAACAGGAUAAUUGUCCAUACGUAGCCAAUAGGGACCAAAGCGAUGCAGACAAAGAUAAGAUUGGUGAUCGGUGUGAUAACUGUCCUAUGAUAAGCAACGCCGCUCAGCAGGACAUGGACGGGGAUGGUGUGGGAGAUGAUUGCGAUGAAGACGCCGAUGGCGAUAGAUUGGGUAAAUCUGUCGACAACUGUGCGUGGAUUUUCAAUCCAAAUCAGGAAGAUUUUGAUGGUGAUGGUGUUGGAGAUGCAUGUGAUAACUGUCCAAAACAUUCAAACGCAAAUCAGGAUGACUCCGAUGGCGACGGCAUUGGAGACGUGUGUGACACGCAGCAGGAUUCAGACGAAGAUGGUAUCCAAGAUGAUAGGGACAAUUGUCCCGAGAUAGCGAAUGCUAAUCAGUUGGACAGCGAUGAUGAUGGCGUUGGGGAUGCUUGCGAUAACGAUAAAGAUAACGACGGCAUUACAGAUGAAACAGACAACUGCUUGCUUAUUCCGAAUGCUGAUCAAGAGGAUGUUAACAAGGAUGGCAUAGGUGAUGCCUGUGAAACAGAUUUCGAUGGCGACAGUAUUGCAGACUGGAAGGACAACUGCCCACGCAAUGGAAGAAUAACACAAUCCGAUUUUCGUAACUUCCAAUCCGUAAGGCUGGAUCCACAUGGUUCUAGCCAAGACGAUCCGUACUGGGAGGUUCGGAAUCUAGGAGCCGAAAUAUUUCAGAAGCUUAACAGUGAUCCUGGAUUGGCAGUUGGUAAACAUCGUCUAGAAGGUAUUGAUUUUGAAGGUACCUUUCACAUUGCCACACCCAAUUCCUGGCUUGAUGAUGAUUUUGUGGGUUUUGUUUUCGGUUAUGUAAACAAUCGAAAAUUCUUCUUCGUUUCGUGGAAAAGAGCUGAUCAAGAGUAUUGGGAAUCGAAGCCAUUCAACGCAAAAGCUACCUCAGGUAUCCUAUUGAAAUUAGUCAAUAGCAAAACUGGUCCUGGGGUUGGUUUACGAAACAGUUUGUGGAAUGAUGGCAGCAUUACCGGCCAAACGAAGCUACUUUGGCAAGACCCCAAGAAGCAAGGUUGGAACUUUGACACAUCAUAUCGGUGGAAGCUGCUGCAUCGGCCGGUAAUAGGACUGAUUCGAUUCCGUUUGUACCAGGGUAGCAGGAUGAUUGCCGAUUCCGGAAAUAUAUUCAAUGGCAGUAUCAAAGGUGGCCGAUUAGGAGUCUACUGUUUCUCGCAAGAACUAAUAACCUGGUCAAACUUGGUAUACAACUGCAAUGAUAAAAUCCCAAAAGACAUUUAUGAUGAAAUUCGCCCAAAACUAUCCCAGGCGCAGCUUAAUAAAGUAUCUGUUGGCGAUAACAUUUGGUAAACUUUAACUAUUAUAAUGUCGAAUAAGAGAUUGUCGCUUAUAUUGGGCCAAAGAUUAACUGAUUGAAUCAUUACUGUCAGACAUUGAUUGCUUUUAAGCCCCCCUAAAACGCCGCCCGCGAAACCAAACGCGUUAUCAUCUUCCAUCAGAUCUAGAACCUAACCACUAAUUCCUCUAAACCGUGUUCGAUACCCACUAUUCGCCAUCAUUUAUUUCUUAAUUUUCACUCACUUGUCAGUUGAUAUCAAGCCCCAAUAACAGCUCUAGCUAGUCGCCCACAAUGAGACACAUACCAACGCAAACUGUGGGUUAUUAGUUUAUUCCGAAGUUGCCGGUCUCAUCAGAUAAUAGAAAUUGAUGUGGCGACAAGCAGUGAAGUCGCUCUGGUGCGGACGCGUUAUUAGCCUAUUAAAUGGCAAUAAAACUGUCAUCCUACAAUGCCGGCAGUCAUAAAAGUAUACUUUAGGUGGCGGCGACCUCUUAUUAGUUUUUUAGGAUAAAAAUGACACUGAACGGUUUCAUAUCCAAUUUAUAUGCAAAAACAAUAACCGAAAAUAAAGACACAAUGCACAGUACUUACUAGUCAAACCGAAAGCAUCUAGUUUUCGUUACAGGUGUCAUGUUUCGAAGUCAAACAGAUCAAUCGAACGAUCGCAGUUCAGCGUUUUGUCAUUGUCGGCUAAAAAACAGCUCUGCGUGUCUAAGUCAGUUUGCGUGUGACCGUCCCUGACAAUGAACGUUUAACGCGCUUCUGACGAAACGUGGGUGUCUGACGGAUGUCUCAGGGGCGAUUCUACGAAUUAACUUUUCUCUCAUUAUUCUCGCAGAAUGGUGUAACGCUCACUUGGGAAAUCAACUUAUGAACUAAAGUAAAAAUAAUUGAAUGUUUAUCAACAUACGCCAAAGUUUGUAGAAUUAAUCAUUUUAGUGUAUAUUUGAUAAGAAGCAAGUAGAAUUACCGUUACUGAUUUGGUCUCGGAAUCGUUGGAAUAUUCACAACAGAUGCCUCUCGAAACAUUUCACAAACAUCAUGCGAAAUAUUUCAUUAGCCUCGUCAGUUAUCGAAACUAGUACUGACUCCAGCGCAACAUCCAAAGAGUAAUGUCUUUUCUUUGGUUGGUUAGAAGUUUAGAGUUAUGUGAAUAAAUGCUAGUUAAAUCACUUCAACAGCUUGCCGAAAGAUAGUAACAAUGGCAACAACAAGAGUUUUUCAGCAAAAACAGCUCCGUUCGACAACUAGUUUGCGCUGAUGUAACAAUGAUGAUUUCAUUUUGAACUGUCAAAAUACAACGGAAAUGGAAGCACAUAUGA